GUCUCUGGCGCACACGCCUCCUACCCAAAUCACAGCCCAGUGCAGCCCGGGCUCUCAUUCACAGCUUUCUAGAGAAAUCUGAGAUCCAACUGCCAGGAUAGGGGAUAUCACCCACCCAGUUCAGCCGCGAGGACACCUGCAGAAACACAUUCUCAAAGCAAGCCUGGGCGGCGGUGUGAAGUAAGCAAUGGCUUCGGUUUUCCUUCUCUUUUGGAUGGCCACCACCACAUAGGGCCUGAAUGUCCUGCUGUUUUCCAAGGACAGAAAGAAGACUCUGUACCUGUCUGUUUGGGGAGCAGUCUUGUAGGAGAGCCAUCGAAUGGGCCGCGGAUUCAGCACACUUCCAUGUGAAUGGGACCAGUUUCUGUUCUUCCCAAACCUCAGAGCAUAAGCACUUGGGAAGGAGAUUUGGCCAAGAUGACACAUUUGCAGGCCGGGCUCAGUCCAGACACGAUAGAGAAAGCUCGCCUGGAACUGAAUGAAAACCCAGAUGUUUUACAUCAGGACAUUCAACAGGUCAGAGACAUGAUCAUCACCAGGCCAGACAUUGGAUUUUUACGUACAGAUGAUGCCUUCAUCCUGCGGUUUCUCCGAGCCAGGAAGUUUCACCAAGCCGAUGCCUUCAGACUCCUGGCCCAGUAUUUUCAGUACCGCCAGCUAAACCUGGACAUGUUCAAAAACUUUAAGGCGGAUGAUCCCGGGAUUAAGAGGGCUUUGAUUGAUGGAUUCCCCGGAGUGUUGGAAAAUCGUGACCACUACGGCAGGAAGAUUCUCCUGCUGUUUGCUGCCAAUUGGGAUCAGAGUAGGAACUCCUUCACAGACAUCCUUCGCGCCAUUCUCCUGUCCUUGGAAGUCCUUAUCGAAGAUCCUGAGCUCCAGAUAAAUGGUUUCAUUUUAAUUAUAGACUGGAGUAAUUUUUCCUUCAAACAAGCCUCCAAGCUGACACCGUCGAUCCUGAAACUGGCCAUUGAAGGGCUGCAGGACAGCUUUCCUGCUCGAUUUGGAGGAGUCCAUUUUGUCAACCAGCCCUGGUACAUCCAUGCCCUGUACACGCUCAUCAAGCCAUUCCUCAAAGACAAGACAAGAAAACGGAUUUUCCUACAUGGGAACAACUUGAACAGCCUUCACCAGCUAAUACACCCCGAGUUUCUGCCGUCUGAAUUUGGAGGAACUCUUCCUCCUUAUGACAUGGGGACUUGGGCCCGGACAUUACUUGGCCCUGACUACAGCGAUGAAAAUGACUAUACCCACACUUCCUACAAUGCCAUGCAUGUGAAACACACCUGCUCCAACCUGGAGAGAGAGUGCUCGCCCAAGCCCAUGAAAAGAUCUCAGUCUGUGGUAGAAGCUGGGACCUUGAAACAUGAAGAGAAGGGGGAAAACGAGAACACCCAGCCACUGCUGGCUCUGGACUGAGCCAGCAUCAUGCGACGCCUCCAGUGGAGCAGCCGCCUAGCAAGCCUGUGCCACUGACCCACAGACAUGUGUGCUCUGCUUGAUAUGACGUCCUCCAUUCCAGCCCCAGCCAUGACCGUCAGCAGCCAUUGGUCUGGGCAGCCCACACUGGACAAGGAUCUGAGAGAUGCUUUUAAAAUGUAACUAAUUAAUUUAUGUUUUAGUGAGGGAUGGUGGGGGGAUGAAGAAAGGCAUUUAUGUAAAAAGGAUUCUCCCUCCCCUCCUAUUUAUGGCAGCAAAUCUACUUAAAAAGGGGGUGGGGAACCUAAAUUAGCCGCAUAUACAUCGCUCUAAGGAUUCACACAGGAACUCUCUCCAGGCUUUGCGAAGUAAGAUGAAUGCAUUCCCAAAUAAAUACAACAGAGUUAAACUGUGCAGACGUGUCAGUCAGCAAGUUUAAAGUCGUCCCGAACCCCAGGCAACCGUAGCUACCAUAAUUUCCAGUUGUACUGACUUAUUUUCUGACCUCAUCACCAGCAUCUAAUUGUGCUCAGCCUAAGAGCGUGAUCUCGCAGGUCUGGCUAUUCACAAAGUUUUUAAUUUACAUAUCUAUCCCGCAAGAAUGAUUUUGACAUCACGGUGUUUGUCAGGACAUCAGCUGACUUCAUGAACCGUUUUUUUUUUUUUUUUUAAGAAGACAUGGGGCAGUGUGAAAAGAAUGACUGCUUCAUCGUAACAAAGUGAUUUCCUGUAGGCAUGGCUACAGAGAGGAGGCGACUCAUUGUGACUGAUGAGUCCAUUUAAGUUAGUUCUUGGGUUACUAUGGCCAAAAAGAAAAAAAAAGUGCUAGCAAAUAAGUCACUUUGUCCCAACCCUCCUAUUACCUGUGGAGAAAGGCUCUGAGGGGGCAGGGAGUCAAAUCUCACAGGAAGACACUUAAGGAUGGCUCAGCAUGUAAGUACCAAGCUAAAGAGGACCAAGAAUGCAAGUCGAAAUGCCAAAGACAACCUAUUUCCUUAUCCAUUCUCCUUAGAAAUGGACCCCAGUCCCCACUCGCAGGAAGUCAGAAAACAUCCAAGGGUAGGAUAUUUUAUCUGUGCCAUGUUUCCCAGUUGAGUAUACGUAGGUAUCUUAUUCCCUAGCGAACUCUCUGACAAAGACAACACUUACUAAUAUGACCAGAGUGCUUAAUGUCAAAAAUUUUAAUUAAUAACACUUAUUAAAAUACUUUACAUUUUAAGCGUUUGGUAGGUGGACUUACACCCUAAACAUCCUAAAGAAAACAGGAAACCAAUUCUACUUACUUCCACCCAUAAACACCCAAACAACAUUGCUAACUGUGGCCACUUCCUUCUCUUCGUUUCUCUUCUCUUAUUCCUGCCCUUUCCUCUCUUCCUGUCUCCCUCCCCCUAUUCCCGCCUCUUCCUCUCUGUCUCUCUUUCCCUGUUCCUUCCUACCCUUCUCCUCCUCACCCUUCUCUUUUUCCUUUGUCUUUCUUUCUCUGUCUCCCUGUUCCUCUGUCUUCCCUGUACCCCUCCAGUGCUGAAGAUCAAACCCAGGACCUUGUCCUGUCAGGCAACUGGUCUACCCCUGAGCCCUGAGCUACAGUCUAGAUUUAUACUCUUUUGUUGAUCUACUGUUUUAUCACUUCUUUUCUACUGGCAGAGAAUAGUAACAGAAGCUAUUUUUAUGUUCCAACCUUGAAGAAGAAGUAAAAUCGAAACAGAAUUUAAAGUUAUUUCCCAAACAAUGGCAUCACAGUAUAUAAAAUACACCAAUUCACUUUGUAUAGACCUUUUGAAUCACAAAAUAACAACCUUCAAAAAUAUCUACCAAGACGUGGAUGGAAAUUCUUUUCUUAUGACACAAGAGAAAGGAAAAAUUAAAGUGAAUUAGAAAAUUGUUUAUUGCUUGUGUUUAUAAGAUAAACGUGGGAUCCAAGUACUCAAAAUGCUGUUGGAGUCAGUUACUGCCAACACUUGUGAUAGUAAUGGUACUUCUGGCUUUUCACAUGGCAAUAUUUAGAAUCCUACUGUAAUGACCAUAUUUUAAAAAAACAUGUUAUAAUUACUAAGUUAAAAGCUAAUUUUCACUCAUUUCUACCAUUUUAUUACAUGAAUGUAAGGUGAUAGUUUAACAAUGAGAACAUAUGGUUUGCAUUUCGUUAUGUGUAUGUAAUAUAUAGGAGAACCAAACCCAGCAGGUAACCGAGGGUUACUUCAUGAACACUGGAUUGUAUUGCCUUUUGUCAGUGAGUUCCUCUGUUUAAUAAAUAUUGAAGAACACAAAUAA